GGGAGAAGGAUAUGUCGCUUCUGAAUCGUUCCCUUGCUGCAGUGACUACAGCAAGCACAGUGGCUAGUCGUCAGCUGGGUAUGUCUGCACGAGCAAAUGCACCCAUUAAGAAUGUAACUGUGAUCGGCUCUGGUCUAAUGGGUUCCGGAAUCGCUCAGGUGGUAGCACAAGCGCAGCUCAAUGUCACUGUUGUUGAUCGCACGGAUGCGAUUCUAGAGAAGGCUCAUGCGGCAAUUGACAAGAGUGUUCGACGUAUUGCAAAGAAGAAAUUUGCUGACGACACUAAGGCCCAAGACGCGAUGGUUGAGGAUGUGAUGAAACACAUCACGAUGACAACUGAUAUCCCUCAGUCAGUUAAGGAAGCCGAUCUUGUCAUCGAGGCAAUCGUCGAGAAUCUCACGAUGAAACGCAACGUUUUCGAACAGAUCGAGGGCGCUUCACGAACUGGAACACUUUUGGCAACGAAUACCUCAUCGAUAAGUCUCGCUGAAAUUGCUGCAAAUCUGAAGCGCAAAUCAAACUUUGCUGGAUUACAUUUCUUCAAUCCAGUGCCUGUGAUGAAACUCCUCGAAGUAGCACGAUAUCACGAAACAUCCGACGAAACAUUCAAUACGUUAAUGGAGUUCGGUAAAACAAUUGGCAAAACUACAGUCUCAUGCAAGGUAAGAAUGUGCUUUUCGUUGCGCGAUUCUUUGCCCAACUCAAUAUCAUUUAAUCAACCAACUGUUCUAAAUAAUAGCAAUACCAUUGAAUUGUUGCGAGUGACGGCGUAUACAUGCUCGUUUCAGGAUACACCAGGUUUUAUAGUGAAUCGUUUGUUA